UUCCCGUUCACCUCUGUAGCCCACAUCGCACUUUUAGGGGAUAAAAGGAGGAAAACAAGGGGUAAGAAUCCUGGAGCCUGUGGAGCAAACAGCGGCUGCACUGCUCAACCUCAGCGCCAAUAUGUUGUACCUGGAGACCAAUCAGCCCACAUCAUACAGUGAGCCACAGUAUACAAGUCUGGGGCUUCUCAACAGCAUGGAUCAAAAUGGUGGCUCCACCUCCACCAGCCCCUACAACAACGAUCAUGCUCAGAACAAUGUAACGGCACCAUCACCCUACGCCCAGCCCAGUUCCACCUUCGAAGCCCUUUCUCCAUCACCUGCCAUCCCAUCCAACACAGACUAUGCUGGCCCACACACCUUUGAUGUGUCCUUCCAGCAGUCCAGUACAGCCAAAUCAGCCACCUGGACGUACUCCACAGAGCUGAAGAAGCUGUACUGUCAGAUUGCCAAAACCUGUCCCAUUCAAAUCAAGGUCCUUACCAAUCCACCUCAGGGUGCAGUUAUACGGGCCAUGCCUGUCUAUAAGAAAGCUGAGCAUGUUACGGAGGUGGUCAAACGAUGCCCGAACCAUGAACUGAGCCGAGAGUUCAAUGACGGCCAAAUAGCCCCACCCAGUCACCUGAUUAGGGUUGAGGGGAACAGUCAUGCUCAAUACAUGGAAGAUUCCAUUACUGGGCGUCAGAGUGUGCUGGUGCCUUACGAGCCCCCUCAGGUGGGCACAGAGUUCACAACUAUCCUGUACAAUUUCAUGUGUAACUCGAGUUGUGUUGGCGGAAUGAACAGACGGCCUAUUCUUAUCAUCGUCACUUUGGAAUCCAGAGAUGGUCAGGUUUUGGGCCGACGGUGUUUUGAGGCUCGUAUCUGCGCGUGUCCUGGACGUGACCGCAAAGCUGACGAAGACAGCAUCCGCAAACAGCAUGUCAGUGACGGCACAAAGAGCAGUGAGGGUAUGAAACGCCCUUUCCGCCAGGCCUCUCAUCUGUCUCAGCACCCCUCCAUCAAGAAGCGAAGAUCCACCGACGAGGAAGUGUUUUGUCUGCCUAUUAAAGGCCGUGAAAUCUAUGAGAUUUUGGUGAAAAUCAAAGAGUCUUUGGAACUCAUGCAGUUCCUCCCUCAGCACACUAUUGAGUCAUACAGACAGCAACAGCAGAACCUACUGCAGAAACAGAGUUCUCUGCCACCUCAACCCAACUUCGGUUCCAGCUCACCCACCCUCGGCAAGAACAAGCUGCCAUCAGUCAGUCAGCUCAUCAACCCCCAACAGCGCAACACACUCACCCCGUCCAGCAUGGCUGGAGGACUAACUGACA